AUGUGCUGGGUCUCGGUCAAAGAUGAGGAGGAGUACUACAGAGUCCCGACGCGGACCAGAAGGGUCAAGAGGGUCGUCAGGAAUUACUCGCCUUCGCCGCCACCGAUUCGAAGGGUGUCGCGAACAUAUGUGCGACGCCUGAGUCCCCCGUCUGGACCGCCAAUGGUAUCAUAUCCACCGCCACCGCCCUCAGUGCACCCUCCAUCGGCCGCGCCGCCUCCUCCAAGUCCAAGCAGACCGGCGACUGAAGCACCGCCCCCGAGCAAGGCACCGAGCAAAGCACCCUCAGCUGUACCCGACCCACCCCCAGCUCCACCGAGUCAAGCGACGAGUAAAGCCCCAUCAGCUGCACCAGAUCCUCCCCCAGCUCCACCGAGUAAGGCAGCGAGUAAAGCUCCAUCAGCUGCACCAGAUCCUCCCCCGGCUCCACCGAGUAAGGCAGCGAGUAAAGCUCCUUCUGCCGCACCAGAUCCUCCUCCCCCGGCAUCCAAAGCUUCCUCGCGCAAGGCAUCCGUCGCCCCCGAUCCUCCGCCUUCAGUAUCAAAGGCCAGCAAACCCCCCUCAGCCGCCCCGCCAAGUACAUUCCACCACCUCAAGCCCUCCUACGUGGAAGUUGACACCCUCUCAGAGUCCUCGCCCUCCUCUUCCUCCUCCGACGUCCGCUCCCGCAAAACCAGCGGCACCACACACAGAUCCUCCAAAUCCAGCGCGCCCCCGACGGAGUACUCGAUGCACGAGCGGGAGCGCGAGGUGAGGCGAUACUCACGACCGCGUGAUACGCCGCCGGAGUGGGAGACGUAUCGAUACGUUGAGGCGCCACCGCCGCCGUUUAGGAGUCAUAGUAGAAGUGUUAGUAGGAGGAGUGGGUCUCCGAGGCGGUCGAGUGUGGAUAGUCAUGGGAAGGUGAGGGAUCGGAUUGCGAUUACGGAUGGGUUUGGGAAGACUACGAUUGAUUGGAAGAGGUGA